UCAUCUCUCAACUCAAAGCAACCUACCAAAACAAAUCUACACUCUUCCCAUCUUUCAUUUCAUCCCCCCACUCAUCAUUAAUCCAUUAUAAUUAUUAUUCCAUAAUCAUCAUAAAUCUAAUAAAAACACACACACUCACUGACACAAAAUACACACAGUCACACACAUACAUUUUAUGUUUGUGUGUGGAGGAGAUCUAUCUCCAAAACAAACCAAAAACAAAAAUGUCUCUAAAGAUUUUCCUAGUAUCUUUCAUUCUAACAUCACUUACAUGUACAUUACUAUACAUAACAACAUACAAUAUGACCAUCUUAAAUAACCAAUCAUCGAUCACAGUUGUUCCAAAAUCAUUCAACAAAUCAUAUCCAGUAUCAUUUGCAUACUUAAUAUCAGCAUCAAAAGGUGACACAGCCAAGCUCAAAAGAACCAUCCAAGCUUUAUACCAUCCAGCCAACUUUUACUUGAUUCACUUAGAAAAAGGAGCAACAGAAGAUGAACAUAAAGAGAUUGCAAGAUUUGUUAAGGAAGAAGAUGUUUUUAAAAUGGUUGGAAAUGUGUUGAUAGUUGGGAAGGCAAAUAUGGUAACAUACCGAGGACCAACUAUGCUUGCAACUACUUUACAUGCAAUGGCUAUGUUGUUAAGGAUUGAUGAUGCCAAAUGGGACUGGUUUAUUAAUCUUAGUGCUUCUGAUUAUCCACUUGUUACUCAAGAUGAUCUGAUAUCUGCAUUUUCGGUGAUGCCAAGACAUCUUAAUUUUAUACAGCACACUAGUCGGUUGGGGUGGAAAUUGAACAAAAGAGGGAAGCCAAUAAUGAUAGACCCGGGUCUUUACAGUUCAAAUAAAUCAGAAAUAUGGUGGGUGAUCAAGCAAAGAGCUCUUCCCACUGCUUUCAAGUUAUAUACAGGUUCAGCAUGGACUAUAUUGUCUAGAUCGUUUGCAGAAUACUGCAUAAUCGGCUGGGAAAACUUGCCACGAACUCUCCUACUUUACUACACAAAUUUUGUUUCGUCUCCUGAAGGAUACUUUCAAACGGUUAUCUGCAACUCAAAGGACUACAAGAAUACCACAGUUAAUCAUGAUCUCCAUUACAUUACAUGGGACACACCCCCAAAACAGCACCCAAGGUCACUUGGACCCCGAGACUAUCGAAAAAUGGUUCUUAGUAGUCGCCCAUUUGCAAGAAAAUUCAAGCAUAACAAUGUAGUUCUUGAUAGGAUUGACCGUGAACUACUCAAGAGACGUCCUGGCCAUUUCACCAAUGGAGGAUGGUGCUCAAAAAGUAGCGAUAAGCAUCAAACGUGCUCAAGUUUGCAGGAUGAUGGUUUUGGUGUUUUGAAGCCUGGGGCGGGUGCCCGAAGGCUGAAAACAUUGCUAACAAAGUUGACAUCCAAUCCGAAUUUCAAUAGACGGCAAUGUAAAUAACUUCAUGAUACAUUAAUCGCUUGUAUUGAUAUUUGUGAUUGUUAGGAGAAUUUUGGUUGUAAUUUUCAAGUUUCUUUGGUGGAAAUUUGUUAUUUUUUGGUCAUCAUAGGUUUCUAGGACCAUACAUGAAUAAUGUAAUCAACAGUCUUCCAUACUAUUUUAUAGUAAACAAUUUAACUCUUUGCUAA